CUCUCUCUCUCUCUCUCUCUCUCUCUCUCUCUCUUCAGAGUUCAUACACACCAUCUCAAAUGCCAAAGCCAUGUCGGAACCCGCAAACACAUCGGCAUUAAUCCUGCUCGACCACCGCUACAACGACCAACAACAAACACCUCCACCGGCGGCACCGCUAGUCUCUCCAGGCGGCGCCACCACUUCCACUUCCUCUCUCGUCCGCGAAUACAGAAGGGGAAAUUGGACCCUCCACGAAACCCUGGUCCUCAUCACCGCCAAGAAGCUCAACGACGAACGCCGGAUCAAAUCCAGCUCAACCCCAACCGAACAAAACAAACCACAACAACUGAACCGGACCGCCGAGCUCCGGUGGAAGUGGGUCGAGAACUACUGCUGGAACCACGGUUGCCACCGCAGCCAGAACCAGUGUAACGACAAGUGGGAUAACCUAUUACGGGACUACAAGAAGGUCCGUGAGUACGAGGCUCGAUCCGAAGGCUCAAAUGACUCUCCUUCGUACUGGAAAAUGGAGAAGCACGAGCGUAAGGAGAAGAACCUCCCGUCAAAUCUCCUCGUCGAAGUCUUCCAAGCCCUUAACCAAGUCGUCCAACACAGAUAUCCUCAGAGAACUUCCACAACUCUGCCCCCGCCACCAGCGGCGCCACCUCCUCCGGCGGUUUCAGAAACGUCUAAUUCAUCCGAAACGGUUCGGAGUGAGAGAUCGGAAUCCGAACCGAAACGGCGGAAAAUGGAAAGUGUCGCUAUCGGAUCGAGUAUUGUUGAGAGCGCUACGGUCUUGGCUCGAACCCUUCUGGAUUGUGAAGAGAAGAAGGAGAAACGGCACCGAGAUGUAAUUGAACUCGAAAAACGAAGGAUUCAGAUCGAAGAGACCCAGAACGAGGCGAACCGGCAAGGGAUUUUUAGUCUAAUUGCAGCGGUUAAUAAUCUUUCCGGUGCAAUUGAAGCUGUCGUUUCUGAUCGGUUCAGAGCCGGAGAUAGAAUGUGAAUUUGUUAUUAUUAUUAUUAUUUUUUUUAGAACGUGAUUUAUGAAACAGAAGUUUCGAUAUUUAACCAUUCUUUUCCGAAAUACGGGUUAACUGAUGUAGGAAGAAAUUUCGGUUAAUUAUUGUAAGUUAUUA